UUAAGGUGACCAGCGUGCUCUCCCCUUUGUUUAUCCUUUUGCAGUCCGAGUAUUUUUUGAUGUUUUUCGUCUUUUCCCUCUGUCGAAUGAUAAAAUGGCGUGACAGCUAAAAAAUGUACAUAGGAAUUAUUCGCCAAGUUCCCUUGAACAAUAACAAAUUGAAGGCAUGCUGUGUAAGAACUUGCAAUUUGUUGGCUAUGUAUGGAAGGAAGCAGUUCUGUUCAGAUAGUGAACAGUCUGAUGAUUCCUUACUCACUUUCAAAGAGAAGAUGAUCAGAAAACAUUUUUUACCAAAUGAACAAGAAGCUGAGGUGUUGCACAGAUUGUUCCCGCAGCCAAAAAAAGUUGUAGAUGAUCUGUUUGCUCCAUUCCAAAAAGCUGAAGAAGGUCUUAUUCCUAAACUGGAGGUCAGAAGGAAGCUAAGGGACAGUAUAUGUAAAACCAAGUUAACUUUUCACUGGCCUACAACAGUAGAUGUUUGUGGUAUACACACGGAUGAGGAUACUUCUGUGUAUAAUGCUUAUUUGCAGGCAUGUCAUCUUCUUAAGGGUAUGGGUUUGGUGAAAGAAUCGGAUACAGAAACUCGCCCUGGUGUAUAUACUGUCUACACUGUAGAUAAUGUUUUGAAAAUUCUCGAAGAGCUGGCCAGUAUGCAGUGUACUAUAGGAGGGUAUGAGCCAAACAAUUAUCGUGUUAUAAAUCUGCUACAGCACAAUCAAGAUGAAGACGUGUGUUGGACUUCAAGUUUACAGGUCCAGUGGCCGAUAUGUUUUACUGUCAAUUCCAAAUCAACAUGUUUAGAUCUGGCAUACUAUCAGUCGUGCCUCAAAGCUGUUAUGAAGUUCAAGGCUUUCGGGUACCUGAACCAACAGAACCACUUCAGGAAAGGAAUUUUACUAGCCUUGGAAAGAUAUGAUAACCAUCCCCUAAAUAUCAAUAUAGUGACGAGAGACUUAACAAAUCCAGAUUUUGAACUUUUUGUUGACGCCUCCGCACAUGGCAUGGGAGCUUACUUGAUUUCUCGCGAUGACGAAAAAAUCAGAUGGCUGGCAGAUCCCUGGAUUCCUAGCAAGAUUAAGUUUGAACCUAGGUCCCAGUCCUACAUAGCAGAAUUUUAUGCGUUUGUAACAGCUGUGUACACAUGGAAGCAUAAAUUUGUCGAAAAAAAGGUGAUAUGUUAUAGUGAUAAUAUGUACGCAAUAAAUUUGAUCAAUCAUGGGAUAUACACUUCAAGAAAAUCAAAAAGAAAUGAGUCCAUUCACAAGUUAUAUAUGUUGUUGAUGGAGGUAUGUUUUAAGUACAAUAUUACUGUUGUGGGUGUACACGUACCUAGAAUGAACAAUGUGGCAGCUGAUCUCUUAUCGAGAUGUGAUGUGAACUCUUUCAAGAAAAUUGUGCCAACAGCUUAUGACAACCCAAAAAAAUCAAAGAAACUGUGGUUUUGUUUAAACAAAAAGGAUGAUGAAAAUGAUAAAAAUAAAGACGACAAGAAGCCCAAACCGUCUAGUUGACCAGUGUAUUUUUCUAUGUAUUUUUACCAGAUUUAUAAAAAGAUUAAACUUUUGUCGUUUUU